CAUGGCAGAUUUCUUUAGAAGUUGAUGGCAAUUUUGAAGAUCAAGCUGCAAGUUUAUUAGAGCAAAGGAAGUUGCCAAAUCAAGAUGUACUUAAUGCGGUAUGUGCAAAAUAUACUCUUUCAUCACCCGUUUUGGUACACAUUUGUAAAGAUAUCUGCAGUUAUGUAAAAGAGAUAUCAGAAACUGUUGUCAUUGUGUGGGCUGCUAAAACGUACAGAAAAGAUAAUAUGACUUUCGGAAAUGAAAUCGUAUUCGUUGUAUUAACUUCGGAUAAUGAAAUCGUAGAUGUAAAAGACUUUUCAACAUAUCAGAGGUGCGUCUUAGAAGUCAAGGCAAAGAAAGAGAACAAAGAAAUAAAUGAAAAAGAACUACAUGCAGAUAAUCGGCCGUCUCCUGAAGAAAUUCAGGAUCUCGAAAAAUGCUUGAGGGAAAAUGCAAAAUUACUGAUGGAAAGGCAUACCAAACUAACUCUAGUUACGGCUGGUUGGUUUAAGGCAAGUGUAGAUGAAACAGGUCAGUAUUCAGUAAAGAAAGAACUGUGCAUUGUACUGUAUGUACAUGUCAAGGGGUUUCUUCCUUUGAAUGAGAAGCCAUUUCCUACAAAGCUUGAAAAAUAUCCUGUUGACGUUCGAGAGGGGAUAUUUACACUAUGUGGGGGGCCUUACGACUACCAUAGAAAUGUUAAAAUGGGAUGUGGUAUACGUGGUGAGGGACCGGGCACACUUGGGGCAUUUGUCGAGUUUGAGAACGAUGGAAACUUAUACGGUAUCACCUGUGCUCAUGUAGUAUUUGGUAAUGAGAAGUUAAAGUGGAUACUUGAACAUGGAUAUACAGAAAUUAACAGUGAUGAACUUGUGUACCAGCCUGUCUCCGAUCCUUUCGGUACUGCUGUGGUGGCCUUGUAUAAAGAAGGAGGAAACGGAAUUCCUGGAAUGGAGAUUGCAUUAAUUAAGAUCAAUCAAGACAGAUUGCCUACUGACGGAACCUUUCCUGAUGAUUCCGAAUAUGCAGCUGCAGGAUUUGGACCAGACAGACCAUUUGUGUUUUGUUCCGGAAAAGUUUGGGAGUCAGAAAGCCGUCUCCAAUAUCCUGUAGUAUAUAAAUAUGGAUGUGAAAGCAAACUUACAACAGGGAUAUGUCGAGUUAAUGGUGCAUCAGUUCGAACACAUGUAUUUAAGGCCAAUAUUCUAGGUUCUGAGUUAGUUCUGCACGACCAAAUAGAAAUACAGUCUUUGGGAGCAUGUCCGUUUGCUAAGCUUGGCGACUCGGGUGCACUCAUUUUCACAAAUGAGCAAAUUCCAGGUGAGCUUUCAGCAUUAGGAAUAUUCGAAGGACAAAUGGAAAAUGUAUUUACAGCUACACCUAUCUGCGCUGUGUUGGGUGAACUCAGACGAAUUACUAACAAACACUGUAUGCUGAAAACCUACCAUUCAUAAUAUGGGGAUCUUCGCUUAGGUGCGGGUCUUUCAGAACAGGUUUCUUCGCUUGCUGCAAAUGUUACUGAUUUACGAGAACAGUUUGAAGAAAAUUGGCCGAGGUCUUGCACAAGAUUUAGCCACCCACAAAAGAGAAAUAAAAGAUGAACUACAAAAGCAAACUGCGGCGAAGAACAAAAACGGCAGAGAGAGGAACAUAAAAAAACAAAGUCAGGAAAUCAAAGAACAACAAAAGGGGCUAAGUGAAGAGCAGAAAUAACAAACUCAGAAAAUCAAAGUACACAAUUUCUAAAUAUGUUAUAGAGAAAAAAGUCAUCGUAAGGUAUGCUUGAAACAUGGCUAAACAUGAAGUAAAUGAACUCUAUAAAUAUGUACUAAAUAAAAAAACGCUGACGCCAACGUUCUUAAAGAGGCAGUGGGGAUCUAGGUAGACUGAACUACUAGUAAUAUCUGUAAUGUGUUUACGAGUCGGAUAGAAAUAUCCGUCCCGAGUAUUAGGCGGUGACGAGUCUAGCCGAGUUACUGCCCAUGCGCAGGUGGCCGAGGGGCGGAAAUUUCUAUCCCGAUUCGUAAAUACAUGGUGGAUAUAUUUCUUGCAUAUAAGCUUUUUACUGUGACAGAUUUUAUUUUUUCCUCAUAGCCAAUUUAACAAUGAAUGAAUUACGCAAAGGACGGGAAAUUAACGUCUGUAAGCAAACGUGAUGUCAUGACGUUUCAGUGACGCACACUUACAAAGUUCCAUUUUAGUUUUAUCGUUUGUAGCGUAACGUUAUGUUUUACCGUAAAAUAGACUAAGUUAAUAAUCUGUAAUUACAGUAUGUUCAUUUUUCCUCAUAAUGACAUUGAUAUUUUCUCAGAAAACCAUUUUCUCUAUCAGCUCAUCUCAACAGACUGCUAUAUAUCACCUGGUGAAGAGCGCCAAUAGCCACUGACACUAAACUGACCAGCAACAAGAUUAAUUGAACUUUUUCAAAUUACUUGAUACCGAUGUUUAAUUUUUCUCUAGAAUUCAAAGAAAGUAAAGCCUUUACCACAUUCAAAUUCCCAGCAGAAGUCUGUUUAAGCAUUUAAAGUUGCUGAAUAGCGGAUGCUGAACUUUUUAUAACAUUCACAAGCUUUAAAAUGUUUUUAGAUGUUUACUUUAUUGUAGGCAAUAUGACAGGAGUUUAUCUUUUUAUUACAACAUCAUUAAAUCGCCAGUAUGUAUAUACUUCUGAUAGGCCCCUGGAAAGAACCUCCAUGCACACUGGGCAUAACAAUCAUGGUUUUAAACUACUUGAUUUAUGCAAAUCCAUUUUAUUGCGUUUUGCUAACGGUAGAUUAGAUAAGCAAUCUGACUAAAGUACUUGAUCUUCUAAACGAAGAUCUGAGAACGACCCAUUCACAUUCGUCUUCUGUAUAUUUUGGAUUUCCAAUAUUGCUAUUUUUAUUUUCGCAAAUCUAUUUUUGUUUGAACCAACCAGACAACUUGUUCCAAUGUCAAAGAGUAAGAAAAAUUUGCAGAUAAUCCAGGGCUCGAACCCGGGACCUCUCAUUUACAAAGCAAGUGCCCUACCGACUGAGCUAACCGGCUAUCUGACAUCUUUUGACAUAAAAAUUGUUGAUAUCAAAAUCCACGGCUUUUAAAGCUUGCAGGAUAUUGUAAGGUAGCUUUUGAUUGGCUAGCGGAAGGGUUGUCAGAACGAGGCCAUGAAUAGCUCGUUGUCAGAUCCUAUGCGUAGCGUAAUAGGAGAUGUACUUUAGUCAGAUUGAUUAGAUAAGGAUCAUUGUGUGGGUAAUUACACAUAUACAAGCGCUAUGGGUUCGAGUGUGAUAGAUUAUCUUUUGUGCACCUGUAUUAUUUUCUAUUUUGUGUAAUACUUUAGGUAAUCGCUUUUUGUCAAUUACGAAAUCUUGCACUUACGUCAAUCACGCGUUCUUAUCCCGCUUACUGUAUUUGCCCCGCCUUUUACGCUUUAUUAUACGACGCAUCACGAACAAAAUAUAUUAUGCGGAUUUUGAAAUGUUAUAAUGCCACUUGUGUAUGAAUGCUAAUAAUAUAAUAAUGAUAACAUUGUUUUGCAAAUAUGUAUUGUUUUUCUUAAAUUAUAACUUAGAUAUUUAUUGUAUUUUUAUAAUAAAAAAUAAUAAUUGUGUUUUAUAUAUGUCUAAUUUUACGUUGACUUGUACUCUAUGUAUGAUUAGGCCGAAUAGCUAUAUUUUUCUUUAAUUAGGCCUAAAAAAUCUUUGUUUCUAGUAACAUACUCAAAAAAGGGUAGGUGGGUCGAAUUAUUUUUCUUAAAGAUUGUUUUAAAGAAGCUUUUCGGAUAUUUUUGUGUCAAAAUAUUAAUGAAAAUAAGGGAGUUAUGCCCUGAGAGCAACAGUAAGUUGAUUUCUAGCAUCACUUACCAUGUUUAAAUCAUAGAAAGUGCAGUUUUGCAAAUUAAAAAAGAAAUGUUGAUAAAAACUUUUAAUGUCAGGCCAAAAAUUUAGGGUUGGUCGGGAUAAUGGAAACAAACAUUUUACGCCUUACUGUAUCAGAUAUGGUCUGUAGUUUGGAAUAAAAAAUGUUCUGUUGUUUAUUUCUGUAUUCUAUGCAUUCGAAAAGUAAUUGUUUAUUGUUUAGAUAUGAUUUGACACUAUCCAAAAUUAUAUUAUGUAACUAUA